AUGACAAUCAUGGAAAAUUAUUGGACUAACAGACAUGCUUUGAAUUAUACGGUUUGUAAUAAUUCAUUUGAGUGUGAAAUAGGGGAUGAGUGUGACCCAACUGAAUCAAAUUUAAGUCCUUUGUCAAACCAAAUACAAAAGAAUUAUACAAAAGGGUGUGCUCCAUUUUGUGGAGUUUGUCCAUUUGGAUAUUCAUGUAACCAAGCUGCAAGAUGUGUUAAAAAUUCAAUUCAUAACACAAGAAGUGAUAGCUUAAGUAUCUUCAUUGGUCUUUCUACAAUUCUUUUAAUGUUAAUUUGA